AUGUUAGGAAACUUGGUUUCAGAAGAAUGGGGCCAAUUCAUAUCAGAACUAUCAUUUGCAGACGUAACUGUCGCAAUACCGGCAAUUCUAGUAAUAUACGCAGUUACUCCAAGUGUGUUAUACACUAUGCGACAUCGAAGUAGCCGGGGUGGAUGGUACAUUCCUCCCAAGCCUCUUAACGAGUCUUCCUCUGUGCAAGCGAAAUUGUUUUUGCUAAAUAGUUUGGCAGUUCUGUUCACUGUGAAAUAUAUUGCACAGUACACGUUUGGCCAUUCGGCACCAGAAGUCUUUGUCACUGGAACUCUGCUAACAGUCGUGGGGAAAUCGAUAAACGAAACGGAAGCCCACGCCAAGUCGGAAUAA